AUGUCCAACAGCAACACCACACAGGAGUCUCUGGAGAUAAUGAAGGAGUCUGAGAAGAAGGUGGUGGAGGAGUCUGUGAACAAAACCAAACAUGUCUGCAGGUCACCCAGCAAGGAUGAGGUGGAGAAGGAUGGGGGGGAGGAGGUCAGCGUGCGCCAGGAGUCCCAGUCAGCUCCUUCCCUUCUCUCUUCUCCACAGAGGCGAACCUCAAGUCAUGGCCAUGCCAGGAAGAGAGCCAAGUCUAAUUCAAAGCUCAAACUGGUCAGGAGCUUGGCUGUGUGUGAGGAGUCAUCCAGCCCCUUCGUGGAUGGGCUGCUGGAGUCCCAGGACAUCAUUCAGCUGCACGUCAGCUGCCCCUCGGACAAGGAGGAGGAGAAGUCCACAAAGGAUGGGGCUGAGAAAGAAGAAAAAGAGAAGAAUAAAGAAAAGGCCCCCAGGAAAAUGCUGUCUCGAGAUUCCAGCCAGGAGUACACAGACUCCACUGGGAUAGACCUGCACGAGUUCCUGGUGAACACUCUGAAAAAAAACCCCCGGGACAGAAUGAUGCUGCUGAAGUUGGAACAGGAGAUCCUGGAGUUCAUUAGUGACAACAACAACCAGUUCAAGAAGUUCCCCCAGAUGACCUCCUACCACAGGAUGCUGCUGCACAGGGUGGCAGCCUACUUUGGCAUGGACCACAACGUGGACCAGACUGGCAAGGCUGUGAUCAUCAACAAGACCAGCAGCACUCGCAUCCCUGAGCAGAGGUUCUCUGAGCACAUCAAGGAUGAGAAGAGUGCAGACUUCCCACAGAGGUUCAUCCUGAAGAGAGAUGAUGCCAGCAUGGACCGAGAUGACAACCAGAUCAGACUCCCCUUGCAGGAUGGGAGAAGGAGCAAAUCCAUCGAGGAGCGGGAGGAGGAGUACCAGCGGGUCCGGGAGCGCAUCUUCGCGCGGGAGACUGGCCAGAAUGGAUAUCUGACGGACAGCAGGGGCGCCCGGGACAGCCUGAGCCGGGCCGGCAGCAGCCGGCAGAGCAGCACCGAAAGCGAGGCGAAGGCCCUGGAGCCGCGGCCCUGGAGCAGCACCGACUCGGAGGGCUCCGUGCGCAGCCUGCGGCCGCCGGUCACCAAGGCCAGCAGCUUCAGCGGCAUCUCCAUCCUCACCCGGGGGGACAGCAGCAGCAGCACCAAGGGCAGCGCUGCCAGCAGGACCUCCCGGGCAGGUUUGGUUCUAGGUGCCCCAGAAGCCUGCAGCCAAUCUGCCUCCUCCCAGCCCAGCCGUGGUCUCCUACCCUGCACAGCCCCACAGCCACAGCCCCUCCAGCAGCCACCACCACAGCCCCAGGGACUCCCACCUGCAGCCCAGCAGCAGCCAGCCAUCAGCAACCACCUGAUGUCCCAGCCGGUCCCAGCGCUGCAGCCUGUUCAGUAUUCUCCAAGCUCCUGCCCCCAAGUCCUCUUGCCAGUCUCUCCACCCCAGCAGUACAACUUGGCCGAGGAGCUCAGCAACCCCUUUGGGCAGAUCAGCCUCAGCCGCCAGGGCUCCACGGAGGCUCCGGACCCUUCCUCGGCCAUGUUCCAGUCCUCCCUCAUCUCCCAGCACCCUCAGCAGCCAGGAUUCAUCAUGGCACCCCCUGGGCAGCCCAUUCCCACCUCCAACUACUCUGCCUCAGGGCACACGGCCCCCACACAGCAGGUGCUGCAGCCCCAGGGCUACAUUCAGCCUCCCCAGCAAAUUCAGGUUUCUUACUACCCUGCUGGGCAGUACUCCAGCUCCAGCCAGCAAUAUCGAUCCCUCAGUCACCCAGCGGCCUACAGCUCCCAGCGCUCCCAGCAGCUGCCCCAGCAGUCCCAGCAGCCUGGUUUACAGCCAAUGAUGUCCAACCAGCAGCAGACCUACCAAGGUGUGAUGGGGGUGCAGCAGGCACAGCCCCCAGGGCUGCUCACCAGCCAGAGGAGCAGCAUGGGGGGCCAGAUGCAAGGCCUGAUGGUGCAGUACACUCCACUGCCUUCCUACCAGGUUCCUGUGGGCAAUGAGUCCCAGAGUGUGGUCCAGCAGCCCUUCCAGCAGCCUGUGCUGGUGCCAGCCAGCCAGUCUGUUCAGGGGGGGCUUCAGGCUGGGGGGGUCCCCAUCUACUACAGUGUCAUCCCCCCUGCCCAGCAGAAUGGCACCAGCCCUUCAGUGGGGUUCCUUCAGCCCCCAGGCUCUGACCAGUAUCAGAUGCCACAGUCCCCUUCCCCCUGCAGCCCACCACAGAUGCAGCAGCAGUAUUCAGGUGUGAAUCCAUCAGGCCCUGGCGUGGUGGUGAUGCAGCUGAACGUCCCCAACGGCCCCCAGGCCCCCCAGAACACCCCCGUGGUGCAGUGGAGCCACUGCAAGUACUACAGCCUGGAGCAGAGGGGCCAGAAGCCAGGAGACCUCUACAGCCCUGACACCAAUGCCCAGGCCAGCACCCAGCUGAGCAGCCCCAUCACGUCCCCCACCCAGUCCCCCACGCCCUCGCCUGUCAGCAGCCUCAGCAGCGUCUGCUCGGGGCUGAGCCCCCUGCCUGUCCUCACCCAGUUCCCCCGGCCCAUGGGCCCAGCACAAGGUGAUGGUCGCUACUCCCUGCUGGGCCAGCCGCUGCAGUACAACCUCUCCAUCUGUCCCCCACCACUGCUCCACAACCAGCCCAGCUACACUGCACACCAGGGGCAGAGUGGAAUGAAACAUGGAAACCGCAGCAAGAGACAAGCCCUCAAGUCAGCUUCCACUGACCUCGGGACGAGUGAUGUAGUGCUGGGCCGGGUGCUGGAGGUCACCGACCUGCCCGAGGGCAUCACACGGACAGAGGCUGACAAACUCUUCACGCAGCUGGCCAUGGCCGGCGCCAAGAUCCAGUGGCUCAAAGAGACUCAGGGGCGGCGAGGGGACGGCGGCGGCGGCGGCAGCGGCGGGGGGGACAGCCCCGGGACGGCGGAGAACGGGCGGCACGGCGACCUGGCGGCGCUGUACACGGUGGUCGCGGUGUUCCCCAGCCCCCUGGCCGCCCAGGACGCCUCCCUGCGCCUCAACAGCGCCCCCAGCCGGUUCCGCCUGCGCGUGGCCAAGCGGAGCCUCGACCUGCGCGUGCUGGAGCGCGCGAGCUCCCAGUAG